AUGGCAAAGCGCACAUCGCCCACCUCUAGGUGGUCGUUGUCAGAGAAAUCCGACACGGCGAUUGGCGCUGUAGCCCCUGUAGCCAUGGUCGGCCUGGUUGCUGUAGCUGUGGUCGGCCUGGUUGCUGUAGCUGUGGGCGGCCUGGUUGCUGUAGCUGUGGGCGGCCUGGUUGCUGUAGCCGUGGUCGGCCUGGUUGCUAUAGCCGUGGGCGGCCUGGUUGCUGAUGCCGUAGGAGGCCUGGUUGCUAUAUCCGUGGGCGGCCUGGUUGCUAUAGCUGUGGGCGGCCUGGUUGCUGUAGUUGUAGGAGGCCUGGUUGCUAUAGCCGUGGGCGGCCUGGUUGCUGUAGCUGUGGGCGGCCUGGUUGCUAUAGCCGUGGUCGGCCUAGUUGCUAUAGCCGUAGGCGGCCUGGUUGCUGUAGCCGUAGGAGGCCUGGUUGCUAUAGCCGUGGGCGGCCUGGUUGCUGUAGCUGUGGGCGACCUGGUUACUGUAGCCGUGGUCGGCCUGGUUGCUGUAGCCGUGGGCGGCCUGGUUGCUGUAGCCGUAGGAGGCCUGGUUGCUGUAGCCAUGGUCGGCCUGGUUGCUGUAGCCGUGGGCGGCCUGGUUGAUGUAGCCGUAGGAGGCCUGGUUGCUAUAGCCGUGGGCGGCUUGGUUGCUGUAGCUGUGGGCGGCCUGGUUACUGUAGCCGUGGUCGGCCUGGUUGCUGUAGCUGUGGGAAGCCUGGUUGCUGUAGCCGUAGGAGGCCUGGUUGCUAUAGCCGUGGGCGGCCUGGUUGCUGUAGCCGUAGGAGGCCUGGUUGCUAUAUCCGCGGGCGACCUGGUUGCUGUAGCCGUGUGCGGCAUGGUUGCUGUAGCCGUAGGAGGCCUGGUUGUUAUAGCCGUGGGCGGCCUGGUUGCUGUAGCCGUAGGAGGCCUGGUUGCUAUAGCCGUGGGCGGCAUGGUUGCUGUAGCCGUAGGAGGCCUGAUGCUAUAG